AUGGAUGCCUCAACAUCAGCAUCUCCUUCCUCUCCCCUCAACAUUACUAAUUCGAAAUAUGGGAAUGAGUGUGGUGCUCAGCGUAUAGUGGAUGAAGCUUGCCAUGAUUUUCCAUCUGAUGAGGACAUAGUUGUAAUAAAUGGAGAAGGAGAUCCGUUACUUAUAGAUGCUGAGGUAGCCUUAGCAAGAGGUGCAAGUAUCGAACCAACAAUAAAAAUGGUAUUUACUGACAAAAAUGAAGCUUAUGAUUAUUAUAAUAAGUACGCAAAAUUGGUAGGGUUUGGAAUAAUAAAGGGAAGGACCAUAUGGAAACAUGGUGGAAGAAUUAGUCGGAUUUUAGAAUGUUGUAGGCAAGGUUUUCAGAGUGAGAUGUAUGAUGGGAGUGAAAAUGCUCGCCCCUACACGAAAUGUGGAUGUCAGGCAAAGAUCCGCAUUAAGAAGAAUGAGAAGAAUAGAUGGCUUAUUGUGAAGGUUGUAAAAUAA